CUGAAUAACACUCCUAGUUCUUCAUCAAUCUUAUUAAUUCUCUAAUAAUACCAAACCGAAAUGCUUUCUCGUUCUGUUACUCGUUUUGCCUCUAGAGCUGCUUCCAAACCAGUCUUUGCUGCUUCUCGUCUCACUUUAUUAAAGGCUUUACCAAAACCUUCCAUUGCUUCUUCAUCCGUUAGAUAUUUUUCCUCUUAUAAUAACAUUCUUUCAAAUAAUGCCACCGUUGUUAAAAAUCCUGAGUUGGUAAACAUAAUAGAUUCCGAACUCACAUUAGAAACAUCCGAAGCAAGUGAAGCAGGUGAAUCUCACUCCGAAGUUCCAACUUUUCUUCAGAACUCCGGUUUCAAAUUGAUUGAAAAAGAGGGCAGUGAUCGUUCUUCGUUAAUCAAAGAAACUGACGAUGAAAUCAUCGAAAUCAACUUCUCUGUUCGUGAAAUUGCUGAGCUCGGUUUAUCUCCUGACUACCUUGGUGAAGAUGGUUUAGCUGACGAAAAUGGGGAAAGUGACCCUGAAAAAAGUGAAGAUGACUACAUGGAUCCUUUUGAAGAAUCUUAUGCUGAUUUAGACAUUAUCAUCACAAAGAAAUCAGACAAAACCGCUAUAGCCUAUGAUGUUCAAUUCAGAUUAGGCGAAGUCGACUUUAUGAUUAGCUCUUUAACUCCAUAUAAAACCGCUGAAGAAGCUCAAAAUAUUGUCCCUAACAGAAAGGAUCCUCCUUACCUUGGUCCUGCUUUCUCCAACUUGGAUAACGAUUUACAAUUCGCUAUUGAGUCUUACUUGAGAAAAAGAGGUUUGAAUGAAAGUUUAUCUGAAUUUCUUGUCUACUAUUCUGAAACUAAAGAAAACACUGAAUAUAUUAGCUGGUUGAAAAAAUUAAAACAAUUUUAUCAAUAAAUCCAUUAAUCUUUAACUAAAAUAACAACAAUAACACUAUCUUUAUUUAUUGAUAUCAAUUAUAUGAAUUCUUGUUUAUAGCUUUUUUUUUUACUUCUUCCCCGUCUUUUUUUCAACUGCUUUAUUUAAUUACCUUAUUUAAUCUCAUCGAUUUAUUGAUUGAUUUAUA